CGCGACCCGCGCCCGCCGUCCAGCGCUCGCCGGGCUACCGCGGCCGCCGCCGGGGAGGGGAGGUGCCCGGCCCGCUGCCCGCAGGGCGGGCCCAGAGGGACCAUGACCUGCGACCCCCCCAGGAGAGGCCUUCUGAUGCUUCUGAUGGCCUUGGGCCUGACCCGGGGCGACCCUGUGAAGCCCUCUUGGGGUCCGCUGGUGACCUGCACCUGUGAGAGCCCGCACUGCAAGGGGCCUACGUGCCAGGGGGCCUGGUGCACGGUCGUGCUGGUGCGGGAGGAGGGCCACCACCCCCAGGAACACCGGGGCUGUGGGAGCCUGCACGAGGAGCUGUGCCGGGGGCGCCCCACCGAGUUCGUCAACCACUACUGCUGCUACAGCCCCCUCUGCAACCACAACGUGUCCCUGGUGCUGGAGGCCACCCAAACUCCUCCGGAGCAGCCGAAGGUAGAUGGCCAGCUGCCUCUGAUCCUGGGCCCCGUGCUGGCCUUGUUGGUCCUGGGGGCCCUGGGCGCCCUGGGCCUGUGGCAUGUCCGGCGGAGGCAGGAGAAGCCGCGGGGCCUGCACAGCGAGCUGGGGGAGUCCAGCCUCAUCCUGAAGGCAUCCGAGCAGGGGGACAGCAUGCUGGGGGAUCUCCUGGACAGUGACUGCACCACGGGCAGUGGCUCAGGACUCCCCUUCCUGGUGCAAAGGACAGUGGCGCGGCAGGUGGCCCUCGUGGAGUGUGUAGGCAAGGGCCGCUAUGGCGAGGUGUGGCGUGGCUUGUGGCAUGGUGAGAGCGUGGCUGUCAAAAUCUUCUCUUCGAGGGAUGAACAGUCCUGGUUCCGGGAGACUGAGAUCUACAAUACAGUGCUGCUCAGACACGACAACAUCCUAGGCUUUAUCGCCUCCGACAUGACGUCCCGCAACUCAAGCACGCAGCUGUGGCUCAUCACGCACUACCACGAGCACGGCUCGCUCUACGACUUUCUGCAGAGGCAGACGCUGGAGCCCCAGCUGGCCCUGAGGCUAGCUGUGUCGGCCGCCUGCGGCCUGGCUCACCUGCACGUGGAGAUCUUCGGCACGCAGGGCAAGCCGGCCAUCGCCCACCGAGACCUCAAAAGCCGCAACGUCCUGGUCAAGAGCAACCUGCAGUGCUGCAUUGCCGACCUGGGCCUAGCUGUGAUGCACUCCCAGGGUAGCGAUUACCUGGACAUCGGCAACAACCCGCGAGUGGGCACCAAGCGGUACAUGGCCCCCGAGGUGCUGGAAGAACAGAUCCGCACCGACUGCUUCGAGUCCUACAAGUGGACAGACAUCUGGGCCUUUGGCCUGGUGCUGUGGGAGAUUGCCCGUCGGACCAUUGUCAACGGCAUCGUGGAGGACUACAGGCCCCCCUUCUAUGAUGUGGUGCCCAAUGAUCCCAGCUUUGAGGACAUGAAGAAGGUGGUGUGUGUAGAUCAGCAGACCCCCACCAUCCCCAACCGGCUGGCUGCAGACCCGGUCCUCUCAGGCCUGGCUCAGAUGAUGCGGGAGUGCUGGUACCCCAACCCCUCUGCCCGCCUCACUGCACUGCGCGUCAAGAAGACACUGCAGAAACUCAGCACCGGUCUCCAGAAGCCCAAAGUGACUCACUAGCCACAGGCCUGAAGCCUGACUCCCCUCUGCGGGCAGCGCGUGCGGGGCAGGCGGCAGACGGUGCGGGGUGGCCUGUCUGGGUAGAGGUGGUGUGUGUGUGCCGGGGAGGGGGGUGCCCCUCUAUGGGCGGCUGUGCCUGCCUGUUGGCUCAUCCAGCCAAAAAUACGGCUGGGCUGAAACCCGAUCCCCCGCCGUCUGGCCUGCUCAAAGCAGCAGGCUCCCUGACGCCUGGCUCUCUCCCCACCCUCGUGCCCUGGGCGCAGCCCCUACCACCCCCAGGACAGGAUGCAAAAGAGGCCCCAGAGCCAGGGUGGCCAGGCCAGGGAAUCCCAGUCGCAGGCCCAGAGCCCGGGCUUGCACUUUUCCCCCUGCCCUCGGUCAACCCCACUGCCCCACCAGAGCUGCCAGGGUGACGCAGGGCUCUGUCUAGCCUUCAGGACACAUCUUGCCUCUGGCAUUAGCCAGACACCCAGGGUCCAUCAUUUCCUCUCUGUGGGUUUGCCUGGGGCCUCUGUCUCCUGGACAAGACCCCAUCAGUUGAGCGCCAGCUGCCUGGGAGAGCUGGGGCCUGAUCCUGGGCCCCUUCCCCAGUCCCAUCCUAGCUCACUUCUUAGGGCAUCAAAACCAGGGAAUCCUGCUGCAGCUGUGGCAGGGUCAGAGGACGGUGGAGAGGUAGCAGGUCAGACGUGGGAGGCCCAGGACCUUCAGAACAACUGGGAGAAUCUAAAGCCAAGCACAGCUGGGGAAAUGCUCAGCUGGGAGUCAGGACACCCAGGUUCUGCUCCUGGGCAAUUGCUUUGUUUCCUCAUAUACCUAUUGAAAGAUUCAGUCCUGAUGUCCUUUGAGGUUUUUUUCAGUUCUAAUUUUCUUUGAAAUUUCAGCCUGUGUCAAAGGUCAGUUCAUCAGUCCCUUCUGCUCAUUUUGCCCCAGCCCCUGGCAAUUUGCCUCAAGGUGGGGACUUGAAAAUAACUUAAUCUGAGGCCAGGAGUGCCUGAAAGGCCUCCUAGACAAAUUCUGCAAGCUCCAGUCUUAACUCAAACCAGUAGCCAUCCUCAGGUUCAGACAGCCCUGGGCCUUUGGCAGGCAAACCAGCCACUCACCCCACUCUGUGGCUCUGCCUUCUCUGUCCAGGACUGAGAAGGGCUGAGGGCCGGCUUCCUGCAGGGCCUCCGAGGCUCGGAAGAAAUUUGGCUCCAGCCAGCAAGCCUCCAGUGCCCAGGUUCCUGCUCUCCACUGGCCCCUGGCCCAGACCCACAGCCUUGGCCAGGUCCCAGACAGUGUGUGUCUAGGAAGAACCUGGUGGCUGUGGAGAAACACAUGGAAAGUUCAGCAUUUGGCAGUGUCAAGGGUGUAUGUCCAUGCAAUGGAGAGGUUACCCCAAACCCUGGGCGGGUGGAUGGGCUGGAGGUCGGUCGAUGGGAGGUGGAGCCUGAGGGAUGGGGGAUAGGGGGCUCAGGCUAGGGAAGAGGACAGUCCCAAGCUUGGAAGACCCGGCAUCUCAGCCCUCGGGGCAGGCUGGAGAAGGACCCCUCAGUUCUCCACCGGAGCCUCCUCCCCCCUGCUGUGGAUGACCCAGCACAGCCUCCCCAGGCACUUGCGUGCUGCUUCUGCCAGCCACGGUGGCACUUUCCCAGGCCUGUCUCCCCAUGUUGUGCAAGGCCCACAGCACAACCAGGAAGUGAAACCCGGAGAAAACAGAAAGUGAGAGGGACCUGCUGGGUCCUCAGAUGAGCCUGGGGCACUUUCGUGUCUUCUGGUCACUGCAACCCACCCAGUGCAGGAGCCAGUCCCCCCCCCCACACCCCGUGCCAGAUUUUAUCUCUGCUGGGUGGGGGGCAACGUGUCUCCUCCUGGGACUCCACAGCCAGAAACUGAAGGCUACAGCUCCCCCCGAGGCUGGAAAAUCCCAGAGGGGGAGAAGGUCUGAGGCAGGAGAGGGACUGACAGGGGCCACUGUGCUGGGAGAGAGUAACCAGUGGCUAGGGAGGGAAGGAGGCCCUGGGGAGAGCAACGCGCCUGGUGCUUCUGUCUGAGGGCAAGAAGGUGUGCCAGGGCCCAGAUUACAGUCUCUUACCUGGCGACACUGUUUGUGGGAGCCCUUAGCUUGUGCUUAGCACAUAGUAGGUCCUCAAUAAACCAUGGUUGAAUCUUGA